AUGGAGGAGCUGCUUCAUGCCCUCAAUGGAGCCCGCUGCUUUUCCAAGGUGGACCUGGCAUCAGCCUACUACCAGGUUGCUACCGCGGAGGAUGACAUACUACGGCAGGUAAUGCAAUUUAUGCAGUCAUCAUGGCCAACAAGGAAAAGACUUGCCGCAAAACUGACUCCAUACUACGAAAUACGAGACGAGCUCUCGGUAGUAGAUGGGUUGUUUCUGCGCACAGAACGCGUUGUAGUGCCUGCCAAGCUAAGGGAUACAUUCAUCCAGUUAGCUCAUGAGUCACACCAGGGAAUUGUCAAGACUAAGCAGCGCAUCAGGGACAAGUACUGGUGGCUUUGCCUUGACAAGCAUGUGGAGGCCACCGUCCGGAGUUGCAGCGCCUGUCAAGCCUCGGACAAGAGUGUCAAGAACUGGCAAGCCCCACUACAGCCUGUCCCGCUUCCUGGCAGGCCUUGGGACAAAAUAUCAAUAGACAUCAUGGGCCCCUUUGAACGUGCACCGUCCGACUGUCAAUUUGUCAUCGUGGUAGUGGACUACUUCUACAGAUGGCCAGAGAUUGCGUUCUGCAGUGGCAUCACUUCUCGCACGGUGAUCAACUUUCUGCUUGCUGUCUUUGCGCGGGAGGGUUACCCGACUGAACUAGUCUCAGACCACGGCCGACAGUUUACGUCGAGUGAAUUCGAGUGGUUCCUUGCAGACAGGGGCACCAAGCAUUUCUUCUCGGCAGUUUACCACCCUCAAGUCAAUGGCUUAGUGGAAAGAUUCAACAGGGUCUUGAAAUCGUAUAUACAAGUAGCUCUCCUAGAGCAGCGACCAAUCAAGACCACAGUUAUAGAGUGCCCGGGUAUUUACCGAGCCACACCCCACAGCGCCAGUGGCAUCUCUCCAGCAGUGUUGCUUCUUGGCUGCCACAUGAGGACAUCAUUAGAUGUUGUUGGCCAGCCAUCAGCGGAUUUCAGCACCCAUCCCGCCCGUGAACUGCGUAGACUUCGGCGUCGUGUCUGCGAAUACCAACAAAGAAAUAAGGCGUAUGCAGACAAGCGAAGAGCAGCCCGGGAGCCCAAAUUUAAAGUGGGGGCCUACGUGCGGGUGAAAUGCCCGGUACCUGGAAUAAAAGGCACCCCUAGUUUUGGGGCUCCACUCAAAAUACUGAGGCGGGUAGGACGAUGUUCAUUCCACUUGGAGGACGGCCGUACCUGGAAUGCCUCCCAACUGUCCGCUGUACCCCAUGAAGCUGUUCACGAGGAAACGGGGGCAAGACAAGAACCGCUGUGGGCGGACAUGGAGACAGACGGGUCGGCAGGAAACGCCACAGCACGAAAACCGUCCUCGAAGGCAAAGUGCCACACGACCCAAAAUAUCCCAAUACAGGAAGCUGCACAGUCUCCGGGGGGGUCAGCACUGCCUCCUCAUACGCCAAGCCCACCACGGCCUCCACCAACGGGGAAGACGACCGCAGGAAUCGGUGCUGAUCGUGCCGACAAACCAGAGGUCGUCCAUCAGCCAGAAGAGCAGCCGGUGCCCCUCCAUCGCUCUACAUGGGAGCGAAGACCACCAGAGAGACUCGGGGACUAUGUGCAGUGA